GCGGGGAAUCAAAAGGGGCCGCACCACCACCAUAAAAUCUCUUGAUUUUGCUCCAGUAGCACCUUCCAUACCCAUAUCUCCAAAAUGACAGACCCUCGUCCCGACUAUAGAGAAAUCUACAUCCAGAUGAUGACGAAUCUCGGCAAUGCAUACACUACAUUCGGUCCUAAGUCCCCCCAAUACCAGAGUAUUGCGGAAAUGGUCAAGGAAUUUACGAGACGUGUUGAGAAAGACAUGAAGGAACGCAAUUGUCGCGAUCUUGAUGAUACCUUGAGCUCUGCUAUGGAGUUCUUGAAGAUUGGGGAAGGACCAUGAAAUUGACUGGGGAUGGAUGGCUCGAACUUCUUGUUAUCGGUUCAUGACGUUCUGAGUCGUUGUUUAUGCGGAGAGUCUAUGUCUUGACAAGCGUAUUGUAUGGCUGCUUAGUUGGAUGCGCCCUCAUGUAUUAUGCUACGAUGUUCUACGAAUACCCUAC